UUCCUCUUUUGCGACAGAGAGAUACACAACAUCAACAACCAAGAAAAAAAAAUGUCCCAAAUCAAGCUCCAAAGUUCCGACGGUCGCGAGUUCACUGUCGACGCCAAGGCUGCCAAGAUGUCCGAGACCAUCAAGAACAUGCUCGAGGAUCUCGGCGGCGACGGCGAAAACGCCAUCCCUGUGCCCAACGUGACUGGCGCCAUCCUCGAGAAGGUCAUCAGCUACUGCCUGCACCACAAGGACGAUGUUCCCAAGGUCGUCGAGGAGGACCCGUCCAAGCCCAAGAAGGAGGAGAUUGAUGCUUGGGACGCCGAGUUCUGCAAGGUCGACUAUGUCACUUUGUUCAACAUCAUUCUUGCUGCCAACUACCUUGACAUCAAGCCCCUGCUCGACGUGACCUGCAAGACUGUUGCCAACGUUAUCCGAGGCAAGACUCCUGACGAAAUCCGCAAAACCCUCGGCGUCAAGAGCGAGGCCCCCGCGUCCGCCGCCUCUUCCUCCUCCUCCUCUGCCGCCGAGCCCGCGACUGCCUAAACGAUGAGUGCGACGAAAAGUCACAACAACAAAGACCACGUUCGCCCCCCGCGUUGCGAGUUGACACAUUUUUUCAUAGCUCUGCGUUUGUUGCUUGUCGGUGUUUUUGCCCUUCGAUUUGAUAACCGUACCACAUUUGAGUAAACAACUGCGUUAAUUUUUUUCAA